UACGAUGCUGACAUCAUGCUUUCUUGUGUAGCAUACUGUGUGGUUGCCGUUGAAUCAGUGGGGCAACAGAUACCAAUUGCUUUCUUGGUUCGGGUUAAGGAUGAUUUCAGCAAGAGAUAUGCUGGUGGGAAAGCUGCUACUGCUGCACCAAGCAGCCUCAACAGAGAGUUUAGAUCAAAACUCAAAGAGCACAUGCAGUACUGUGUGGACCACCCUGAAGAGAUAAACAAGCUUGCUAAAGUGCAAGCACAAGUUUCAGAAGUGAAAAAUUUGAUGAUGGAAAACACUGAGAAGGUUUUUGAUCGUGGGGAGAAGAUUGAGCUGCUUGUUGACAAGACAGAGAAUCUCCGCUCACAGGUUCUUUCUGCUUCUUUAACAAAUGCAGCCAAGGAACUUGAAGCUGAAAUCAAUGAAGGUGGAAAUGCACCUAAUCAAGAUGCAGCAGUACCUUGGAUUGGCUUGCGUAAGAGGUUUCUAGCUCCUGUCCGUAAACAGGGCGCAAGAAGGACUUGUGUGUUCGAAGCCUCGAUGGUCACUACGGAGACACAUUACAAAGUCAACUAUAAUGCCAAGAGUCCUCCAGAAGAGUUUAAUUAUUGUCUCUCGUUGUCGGAUUUUAAGGUGUACACCUCUCACACUGGGAAAGUGUUAGGCGCAAAUGGUUCAGGAGGAAGCCUGGAGAAUUGCAUGGAAGUUUUGAAGGAAGUGGGUGUUCGUGGUGUCGACAUGGCUAGUGAGAAAAAGUCUGAAGAACGUUUCAAGAUUCAUGCUUAUAGAAAAUUCCGUCGCAAAGAUAUUCACGAAGUCAUGCUGCUACUGGAUCAGGGGAAAGCUCUUGCAGCGAGCUUCCCAAUAUCAGAUAACUGGAAAUCCAUGAAUGGAGUUGGUGUAUAUGAGUUUCAGGAAGAAAGGGCACUACCGCAUCUGCAUCGCAAGGGCAAGUUUAGAGGCCAUUCUGUUAUGAUUGUUGGUUAUUUUCCUGAUAGUUUGGAAGAAGACUUGGCUGCUUUGAAGAGCAAAGAUGACAUUGAAGAGCAAGCUCAACUACUUCUAAAACUAGCAGAAGUUGUGCUAGCUUUUCAGAAUAGUUACGGAGAACUGUGGGGAGAAUUAGGUGGUUUUGGUAGUAUCAAAGCCAAAUCUAUUGGCUGCUACUAUCUACCUAUCGUAUGUGUUGGUGCUGCUUAGGACUAGGUAGUUUUGUUUCCGCAGUAUGUUGUAGUGUAAUGAAGUUGCUAUUCCCUAAUUGCCUUAAUAUGUAGGCCCUAUGCUCAAGUUUUGGGUUGAUGGAAGAAUGUGCCUGGUAUAUGAUGUGUUUGUUUUGUUUUGUUUUUGCUUUUUCUUUUUUAUUUGAUUGAGGAGUUUGGAAUUACUAAGAUUUACACUCCUGUUGUCUAUACAAUUUUAUAGCAUGAUUAUUAUUA